UAAAAAAAAUUUUCACUUUAUUUUAUAUUUUUCCACAGGCGAGUUAUAUUUUGACGAGAAAUACUUAGAAACGCGAGAAAAUUAUAAUAAAAUCUAUUAAAAUAAAACGAAAAGUUAAAUAAAAAGCCUAUAAUAAUUAAAAAAUUACAGCAAUAUUGUUGAAAUACAACAGUCGAAAACAAAAGUUUAGCAAAAAACGAAAAAUUUACGCAACUUGCAGAACCUCCACCAGGAGUACCACUCCACUUCAACACACAGCGAAAGAGAUAAAAUUAAUAAGAAAAAAUUAUAACCAUAAAAGCGAAUUAAGAAAAAAAUAUAUGUAAAAAAUAUUCAUCAUAACGAAAAAGCCAUUAAAAUUUAAAGAAAAAAAAAAGAGUCAUUAUUCACCAAAUCCACGUAAAGAAAUGUUCUUGUUUUCUUUCCACGAAUAAAUUAUAAAUUUUAUUUUAACAAUUGUUUUCACAACAGAUAGGUAAAGUGCAAAGUGUUUUUUAAAAUUUUAUUCAUUUCCUUACAAUAGUUUAAAAUUAUUUGCAAAAAUGGUACGUUUGAAACACUUGUAAAAAAAAUUCCAAAAUUUUGUGUUAAAUUUUGUAAUAAGAACAGAAAUCUUAAAUAUAAUAACAAAGAAUUUUCCGGCAAAUCAUAUUGAAACCUGCUAGCAGACAGACGGUUGCAUUACAAACGGCGGCAACUGAACUAAUACCACAAUACACAAUAAUCAAUAAUUACAAUUGUUACAAAAAAAAAGAAAAGAAAGAAAAACAACUAGAAUUUUGUUUUUUUGUGCAUAUUUUUCUGGUCAAGUGUUUGUUAAAAUAAAUCAUUCAAGAUGUCGCGUUUAAGUUUAAAAUCUAGUAGUAAUUUAAUUUCUAAUUUAAAGACUAAAAAGUUUAUGUGAUAUUGGUUGAACAGGACCUUUUAACAGCUGUAAUAUAAAUUGCCAACCACUAAAAUCCAAGUACACACAAGUUUCUUUAAAGAAACUUAAAAAAAUUAGAAAAAAAUCAUCCAACAGCACCUUCCUUUACAUUAAAAAGUGUUUGCCAGUCAAAACUUUAAAAAAAAUAUAUAGCUGCUGAACAUUUAAAACAUAUUUGGAACUGAAAGUAAUCAAACAAACGGUUUUUGUUAAAAAUUUAUAAAAAAGUCGGAUUUUUUUAAAAAAAAAAAAAGUAAAGCACGCACAAUUGAGUAAUUGAAUUGCUCAAUCCUUUAGCUGAAAUAUCGAUCGAAACACUUAAAGUUUGAGAGAAAGAGAGACAUCAUUCUUGCUUAAAAGAUCUAAUCUAGCACGUUCUAAAUAAAAGAGAAUACGAAAGUUGUAAAAUCGCUCCCUUAGUAAAUUUAUUAAAAAGUCUCUAGUUUUUGCGUUUUAAUUUAAAGCAUUUAAAAAACUUGAAAUUUUUUUUUUUGAAAAAGAAAAAAAAAACUUUUUUAUUAAAAGAAACACAUUAAAACACCGUGAGAAGUUUUCUCCGUCGGCUGUUUUACGAAAAAAGCAUCUAUAAACAAUUGUUACUGCCUAAUGGCAAGUAGUUCGUUCAAUAAAACGAGACACAGGCGCAGACUGGCUGCGAUCUCGUUUCUAUCGAAUAUUUCAUUAGAUGGCACACAUCGGGAUACUAAAUUUGGAGCAACAAUUGGCAUCUGUGGCACAGGUGCAACAAAUAACGCAACGUCGGCAAGAUUACGUGCAGGUACAGGCACUGGUGGCAAAGGCAGAUUUGAAGGAGGCGGCAACGAGAACGUACUUACCGGCAGCGGUGGCGGCGGCGUCGGCUGUAGAACACUGUCAGCAUUAUCAGCAUCAUCAGGAGAAGAAGGAGGCGGCAGUGGCAGCCAUAUUAACACUGUGGGAGUGGAAUUAUUUGGGCAUCAAUACAACAAUUGCAACAGCAACAAUCAUUCGCAGCAAUUCUAUCAAAAGGGUUUCUACCAUCAACAGCAUCAGCAGCAACAUCAGCAACGCAAUGGCAGCAUUUGUGGACAAUCACAAUCACAGCCGCCGCCAGCAGUCGCCGCUGCUGCUCUCCAGCUGUCAGCUGGGCAAAUUGCAGUUGAUGAAAAUCAUAUGGAUGUUUUGGUCUGUGGCAGUAUUGGAAGUGAUGAUGCCGGUAGUGCGGAUGGUGAUGGGCAUUUUAGUGAAACUGAAAAUAUGGGUUACAACUUGAUAAAUGCACAACCAAUUAACGCUAAAAGCGACGGAGGUUAUAAAGCAUUUGAUAAAGUAUCUAUGGCAGCAGAAGCAGCAGCAGCAGCAUCCGCUGCAACAGCUACAGGUCAACAAAGACCUGUAUCUGGGCAAGAGAAACGCAAUGCUAAAAGACCCAAUUCAAGCGGUCGUCAACAGGGCAAUGGCAAUAGCAAUACUAUUUGUAAUGGUAAAACUAACAAUUAUCAAAGACAACAGCAGCAAAAACCACAACAUCAGCAGCAUCAGGCGGCCGGCAGUGGCGGUUCGGGGGCAGAAAGUGGCAGUGAUUCCGAUAGUGUCAAGAUACCAAUGAAGGUGUCCAGUAUGGGUGCUGGCAUUCUAAUGCCAUUGCGUGAAAGAACCUUUAGCAAUGGUGCAUGCGAUACUUCAAGUAUCCAACCCGAACGUCGUGCUAGACUUAAUACAGCGCCCGGCAUGCGUGGCAGCGGUUCAAUUUCCAUAUCGGCAUUUGGUGGUGGUGUUGGCGUUACAAAAAGACCAUAUAAUAUAAUUGGUUCCACGAUUUCUCAUAUAACAGAUGAUAGCAGCACGGAAAGUUUAACACCCGGCUCCUUUAGUAAUCGUGGCAGCAUAACGAAAUCUGUACAAAUUAACGAUGCUAAAGAUUUGCGUUACUUGAAUUCGCAGGCACACAAACAGCAUCAAUAUAAAGAUGAACGCGUCGUUUUGGUAUCACGCAAGGUACCAUUUUUCAUAUUUUCAGCUUUGCCCUAUUAUAAGGGGAAAAAUGGAAGAGCUGAAUUACGCAAAGAGGGCCGUAGACGUAACACUUCGGGUUCUCGUCCUUUAUCAGCUAUUAAUGAUGCUCCAUUUGAUCCUUUCGAUUUGUUGGGCAUUGAAAGGGGUGAAAGUGGCCAGGACAUUUCUUAUGGCCACUUGUUAAUACCAUCGAGACAAUUUAGUAAAGAGAGUAAAAAACAUGCUGGCAAUACUUCACUUUUGGACAAUCAAAUUGAAAUAACUAGCACGGCUGCUUUAAAGAAUCAUGGCAUUGCAAGAACCAAAAUCAUGACACGAAAUAAAGGCAAAUGGUGUUUUACUUAUGACAACAAUAAUCGUAAUAAUACUACAAGUCCAUCGCCCGAUAUAAAACUAGAUUUUGAUGAGUCUUUAGAAGGUAGCAGAAGUAUGCAGCACUUGCAAUAUUCGGCUAAUAUUUUGGAUGAUCCGGAAUUGAUAGCCGGCAAACAUCGCACUUUAUUAACAUUUACUUCAUAUAUGACUUCAGUUAUUGACUAUGUUAGACCAUCGGAUUUGAAAAAGGAACUUAAUGAUAAAUUUAAAGAGAAAUUUCCCCAUAUACAAUUGACUUUAAGUAAAUUGAGGAGUAUUAAACGUGAAAUGCGUCGCAUUAAUAAGCUGGAUAGCCGCAUUGAUUUGGUUACCAUUUCCCAGGCUUAUGUUUAUUUUGAAAAACUAAUUUUGGCCAAUUUGAUUAACAAAUCGAAUCGCAAACUGUGUGCUGGCUCUUGUCUUUUACUCAGCGCCAAGAUGAAUGAUGUUAAGGGAGAUUUAUUGAAAAGUUUAAUUGAGAAAACUGAAAACGUAUUUCGUUUAAAUCGCAAAGAAUUAAUUUCAUCGGAAUUUGCUGUUUUAGUGGCUUUGGAAUUUAGUCUACAUGUUCCUAUGCACGAAAUAUUACCCCACUAUCAACGUUUACUCUACGAAUCCUAGAAUUGGCCUAAACGCUUUGCCGAUAAGCGUUUUCUAACGGCCGCUGCUAGCACAUCGAUUUAUUAUUUUCGCCGUUGUGCCAGCAGCAAAAAGUAAAUAUUAUUUUCUAAACACAAUAUUUUUUUUUUAAAUUUUAAAUUUAUAUAGACCGGCAGACAUUUUUUUAAACUUAUAAACCGAAACAAAGGCAAUUUUUUGUAAAUAGUUUUUAUAAAUAUUUUUUUGUAUACCUAAAAUCUUACAUCUUUUUUAUACUGCUAAAAAAACCCUUAUACAUAUUUAUACUUUUACAAAAACUUAAUAAAUCCCAAGCACUUUUUAUAAACCACUAAAAUAGAAUAGAAAUAUUUAUAUGAAUGAAUGAUUUAACAGGAAAAGAAUAAUUAAUGAUAAUGUUUAGUAAAUACCAUAAAUUAUGUUGCAAAUUUGUGGCAUAUAAGAGUAUUUAUAUGAAAAUCUCUACAUAAAGUUUUUAAAAUAAGAUAGAGAUUUUAAUUUUGUUGAAAUUACUAAAACAAAACAUAUUAAUAAAUAAACCAUGAAGAAAAGUAUACAAUAACGAAGGCUAUUGAAUUAUUAUUUCAAUUCGCAAAGAAAAUCAUUCGAAUUUUUAAGAAUUAUCUUCAUUUUCACAAUGUCUGGUUAUUUUUUUAAUUUAAAGUUAUACUGUUUAUUAAAAUAAGUUUUGUAUGACUAAAUAUUGUGAAAAUGAAAAUUAGAAAAUAUUUUCUUUGGAAUUUUAUCCUUCAUUUUGUAUUACUUUAUAUAUUUGUCACAUUUGUAUGACAUAUUUGGAAAUUAUGUAAAUCCAAAUAUGUAAUAAUAAGAACUAAUUUGGCUUCGAAAUUUAUAUUUGAAAUUAAAAAGAUUUCAACGAAUAUUGCUAAAAAAAUCUAGUAAUAUUUUCUAAUUUUUAAGCAAGAAAACUUGGACAAAAUCGGAAAAUAAUAAAAAUCAUGUGAUUUUGACAGCAAAUUGAUUUUCCAAAUCGAUAAUGGUGGAUUUAAUGUAAAUUUUCUAAAAAAUUUGUUCUACAGUGUCAUAUGAUAAUUUCAACACACCUCUUUUCGAUUGGAAAUUGUUUUUAAUGUUAAAAUCGAAUUGCAAGAGAUUUUUAAAAAGAAUUUUACUAAAAUUUGUAUAAAUUUAGAAAAGCUUGUCAAAAAACCAUUUGAAAUAAGAUAAAUUUAAAUUAUUACGAAAAUCUAAUAUAAUAUUUCAACAGAGAUUGCAAAUUUAAAAUUUCAGCAGAGUUUUUCUAACUUAUUUGAAAGUUAAUAAGCAUUAAGUAAAACAAAUAUGUUUAAUUAAGCAUUAAUAUGAAAUAAAAAUCUAUAGAUGUAUGAAUAUAUUUUAAUACGUGUGAGUAUUUGUAGUAAAUUUUUUUUAUAAAAACAAUAACAACAACACAGUAUUAUUAAACUGUACUAAAAGCUUAACUUAAACUAUUUUUGAACAGAAUUUAAUAACAACUUGGAAAAAAAACAAAUGAUAUUAAAAAAAAAUAUAUUAAAAUUUAGAUUAACCCUCCUUCCUAUUCUAGACAAUAUAACAAAACUGAAAAUUUGUUAUUAGAAACAGUUAUGUUAUUAGUAAAACAUUUUUACAAAAGUCUAGAAUACGUGGGUAAAACCAACAAUAUUCAAAAGCAUUUGUAUUUGAAAAAUGCCGGGAAAUGGUAUAUUCAUAAUAAAAUUAUGUUAUAAAACACGGAAAAUUUUGUUUCCCUUUAAAAAAGACCCUAACAUUUUAAGCAAAAUUAAAAAAAUAACCCCGUAAAAAUUUCUAAAAUAAAAAAAUAUACUAGCUAUAGCUAUAAUUAUAAGAACUUAUUAGUCAAACCAACACCAUGUUAAAAACACUUAUUAUAAAACAUACUAAAAACCUAAAUUAAACUAAAACAAACAUAUAUAAAUAAAUAAAUAUAUUCUUAUUACAAAAACAAGUCUUUUAAAGAUAAAAAAUUAAAAAAAAACUUUGAAAAUAACAUUUAUUAUACACAUUAUUAUAGUAUAAACCCAUCAUUAACUGUAAUAACUUUUUAUAAUUUUAAUUAUAAUUUUUGCUAAUUUAAAAUUUUGGUUUUUGUUAUUUUGUUUAUUGUUGUUCUUUUUUUAAUAUUUAAUUUUUAACUUAAACAAAAAGUGUUACAAAAAUUAACCACAUUUUAAAAUCUAUGAAUUUUUCUCUUAUAUGUAGCUAAAUUCUGAAUUAUUGUUUAAUUAAUUUUUAUAUUUAUUUAAUAUUUUGUUAAAGUAAACCCCAAACUAAGGUUUAAUAGAAUUUAAUUUUAAAAACAUGUAUUUAAUAAACUUAAUAAAUAUCAAUAAAAAGAAAUGUCAAAUGAAAUGAAAA